UGACUCCAAUGCCAUCACCUUCUUCCUUCUAAGGUUCAUACAAGUCCAAGUCUUUAGUCCAACCUUGAGGUUCAACUUCAACCUUAUUCUUCUUAUUCCUUCACAAUCUUUCUCUUUAUCUACUACCAAAUUUCUCUAACCCAAUUCACAAUGCAAACUCAAAUUUUCACUUUCUUUCCACGUUGAAAUUUCACACCAUUCUCUCAAUUUCCCUUCAAAAUUAGAAACUUUACACUCAUUUUGCAUCUGGUUUUUUUUCAUUCUUGUUUAAAUUCAAUUGGGGUGUGCUUAAAUUUGCACAUAAACCGUAAAGUUUCUACCUUUAUUCAAAUUUUCAGAGGUAACAAACAUGGGUGCAACAGCAACACCAGGGUCAAGUGACAGAUUGACUGAUUCUGAUCCAAUUGAACUUACAGGAAAAAUCAUGGUGGUGGCUAUAAUUUUCCUGUUUGUAGUUGUUAUGUUUGUUCUAAUGCUUCAUUUAUAUGCUAAGUGGUUCUGGUGGCGUUUUGAGGAGAGAGCAUCUCCUCAACCAAGAAACCGCCGUCGCAGACGGCGGUUUCAAUUUGCUCCUGGUCAAGAUCCUGUCAUCUAUGGAAGUGGAACUCAUCAAAUUGGACUUGAAGUUUCAAUUCUUAAGUCUUUGCCUGUUUUGGUUUACAAACCUGAAGAAUUCAAAGAUGAUUUGGAAUGUGCUGUUUGUCUUUGUGAUGUUGUUGAAGGAGAAAAAGCAAGACUUUUACCAAAAUGCAAUCAUGGGUUUCAUUUAGAAUGUAUUGAUAUGUGGUUUGAAUCUCAUUCCACUUGUCCUCUUUGUAGGAAUAUAGUUUCUAAUGAAUCCUCUAAACCUAUUAGUACUUCAAAUGCUCAAGAGAUCAAUGUGUUAGUUUCAUCAGAAAGUGAAAAUUUGAGUCCUAUGAAUGGUUUAGAGUCUUCAAAUUUUCCAACAAAUGUUUUGGUUUUUGGUAAUUACCAAACCCAAACCCAAAGACAAGUUAGUUCUAUUGGUGUUUCUUUGGAAGAAGGAAGUUUUCAUCAACAACAAGAACAACAACCUUGUUUAACAUCAUCAUCAUCAUCUUCUUUAGCUAGUGAUAAUACAAUGUUGGUGAUUGAUAUACCAUUACCAAGUGAAUUUGGUUCUUUCUCUUUGUCAUCUUCUGAUAUUAGGUGUGUUGAAGUUGAAGUUGAAGAUGAGAUGAAAUCACCAAUGUCAACAAGAUUGAGGUCAUUUAAGAGGCUUUUAAGUAGGGACAAGAAGUUAAGUCCUUGCGGUCCAAGUUCUAUGGAUGUUGAACAAGGCCAGAGCUAGCAGGGACCUCUAAAACAGUUAUAUUUCGGCUGCAAUUGCGGUUGAGAGAGUAAAUUGAGAGUUAUGCUACUUCCCUUUCAAUCCUUGUGCACAUAAUGGCUAAGGAUGGAUGCUACAUUAAGUGAAUCAUUCAAAGUGUUUAUAUUGUAUAAAUUUAUGACAGAUAGUUUAUUUGAAUAUAAUCGUUAAUUCAAUUCAGUUAGUAGCUGCAUGAAUAUCUAACUGCAACGUUUAGAACGGUAGAUCUCAUGGUUUUAAAUCUGCUACAAUCUAUUAAUGGUGAAAGUUGUGAAAUUCGAAUCAUUCGACCACUUGAAAAAAAACAUGGAUUACAAAAGAAAUGAAUAAAUUAGUGGUUAUUUAAGCAUCAAGAGGGUUGAUAAACUAAUGGUUAAGGUAGAAGAUCUCUCUCUUUUGUUUAGAUUCCCUUUUCACAACUCUAAAAAUCCGACAAAAAAGUUUUCUUAAAUAA